UUUGCAGGAUAUUAACAUGAGGAAAGCUUUCAAAAGUUCUACAAUACAAGACCAACAGGUUGUUUCAAAGAGUUCAACUCCAAACCCAGUGCUGGAAAUGUAUACACAGAGUGAUAGACCACCUCCACUAGACAUUCUUUCUGCGUACAGAGAUGAUAAAAAGGAUGGACUUAAGUUUUACACUGAUCCAUCUUACUUUUUUGACUUGUGGAAAGAGAAGAUGUUGCAGGAUACUGAGGAUAAGAGAAAAGAGAAAAGAAGACAAAAGGAGCAGAAGCGUAUAGAUGGCACAACCCGUGAGGUGAAAAAAGUUAGAAAGGCCAAGAACAGGCGCCAAGAAUGGAAUAUGAUGGCAUAUGACAAAGAACUUAGACCUGACAACAGGUUAUCUCAAAAUCUGUACCAUGGAGCAUCUUCAGAGGGAUCAGUGUCCCCAGACAAUAGAUCUCAUGGAUCAGAUGUUACAGAUUACUCAUAUCCUGUUACCCCCAACCAUGUUCAACAUUCACUGCAGCAGCAACAGCAGCAGAUGCCAGUUACAUACAUGACCGGUGAUAAUCAGCAGCAAAUGUGUACUGGUAAUCAGGUCCAGGAACAUGACUACAAAUCCUCUGCAACAGGAUUCAGACAUGGUACUCUGAACAGGCCUCAACAACCUCCACCACCUCCGCCAUCAACUAUUGUAAACGGUGGUGCUGCAACCCCGCCGCCACCACCACCACCACCACCACAACAGCAACAGCAACAACAACCAUUGGAAUACAGCAUGCCACCUUCUCAGAUGAUGGAAUACUAUACUUCUGCCGGUCCUCCUCUGCCUCCUCCUGGUCCAUUAAUUCCUUCAGCACAAACUGCCUUUGUCAGUCCUGUCCAAGUGCCUACUCCUUCAGCUUCCCAUCCUGCAUCAAUGAUGGGGGUUGCAUAUACGUCUUCCCCAACCCUAUCUGGAGCAGUUCCUCCAUCCGGUCCCCCUGGACCACCACCACCUCCUCCACCUCCAGCUCCACCAGCACCACCUUCUUCCCUUGCUUCUUCACCAAUGCACUGUCAGCUUGUUGUUGAAAACAAAAGGUAUGAAUCAGCAGGCACACCUCUCAAUGAUGCCAGAAGUGACCUUCUUGCUGCUAUUCGUAUGGGUAUUCAAUUGAAAAAGGUUCAAGAGCAACGUGAGCAAGAAGCUAAGCGAGAGCCAGUUGGGAAUGAUGUAGCAACUAUUCUGUCGCGACGUAUUGCUGUGGAAUAUAGUGAUUCAGACGAUGAUUCAGAGCUUGAUGAGAAUGAUUGGUCAGAUUAACUUUGAUGCUUCAGCGAUGCUAAUAUUUGAAAAUGAAAUCAAAAACUAAUAUGGAAUAAAUCUGAAACAAUUCCUUUACAAUAAUUUUAAAUCGAUUUUAGAUGAAAAAGAAAUAACUGAAGCUGUUACAAAAGUUAAAAUGAUUUUUUUAAAAAAAGUUAAACAUAUUGAAUUAUAUAAAUUCAUCUCCCAGGAGUAUUACUGCAUACUUUAAACAUUGUGGAAAUAUAACAUUUCAUUUACAAAGAGCGUGCUAUGUAAAAGCAGAUUAAGUAGUCCAUAUCUAGUGCCAAUUAAUAUGGCAUUUCAUUAUUUGGAUCACUGUUAUUGGAAGUAAAUCAUUAGCCUAUUGAGUAUUUUUGACUCAGUGCUCAUGAAAGUGAAAGUGUCCUUUCUUUUGGCCAACUGGAUGUCAUGAACUGUGACUUCUUGGAUCAAAAUGCUUAAAUAUCCUUCAAACUGAACCCUUGAGAAACAUGGAUUUGUAAAGUUUCUAUUUCCAUGACAUGAAAUCUAUAGGAGUACACCUUGCUUAUCUAAAUCCAGAGAAUUUUAGCAAAAGUCACCAUAGUCUUACCUGACCUCAGGACUACUCUCUCGUUAGAAAGAUGACUGGUGGUGGUUUUAGCUACAGGUCAUCACACCUCAGGCAAGGGGAGAGAUUAAGAAGGAAAAUUCUUCAUGGUAACCACAGCCACUGUGGGAAUUGAACCUACUCUGUUGGCAUCAGUUUACAUCACAAACUAACUGAACUUUAGUACAAUUGGCAAGAGCAACAGAUUAGUGAUCCUACUUCCCACCUCCCCAGCUAGCCAACAUAAAUACUUAUAAGUAUGAAGAAGCCACUGCUUAGGAUAGCCUGUCCUGCUGGGACUAUCCUGUUUUAUGAAUAUUAUUGUGGUUUGUGGGCUUAUUUGGAACUAAAUGAGAAUCACAAAUCAACCCCACUUGUCCAAUCAGUGAAAUAGCCUUGCUUGUGAAUUAACACCUGAGCCCUGGAAUUCUAUGGAUGUGCUGGUUCAAGUAUUAAACCAGUGACAUUUCAUGAUAUUUCAUUUCUCAUCCACUUCUUGGACUCAGAAACACAACUUAUUACUCUUUGCCCAAGAAGUAUACUCACUAGCCGAACUGGAAGUAAUUUAUUAAAUCCUGGCAAUCAUCAUCCAUUUUGUGUAAACUUAGAAUAUGAUAACUGCAAAACAGCGAAAUAUGAAAUUAAGCCACAGUUAAGACAUACAGCAUAAUUAGUUAUUGAAUACACCAGUUUUCUUUUGAGAUGAGGAUUGAAGUAUUACCCAUAUAAACUAUCAUAAAUUGAAAUAAAUUGUGACUGAAUACUGCAUAGAAUGUUAGACUAUUCUAAUAAUGUUUAGUAUUUCUAUGAAGUAGUCAGUAGAUAUAUCGUAGACAGCUCAAUUUAUUUUCUUUUCUGUAUGCAUUACUAUAGGUAUAUUUGUAACCAGUUCAAGUAAUCACAUGUAUUUGGUAUUAUUUGUUUUAAUAUUUUUGUAGUUAUACUCAAUUUUAAAAUAAUGUAAAAGAAUAACCUUGUGUAACGUACCUUAUGCUUGAUUUGUUUCAUACUGAAUUUUCCUUUAAAGCAGUUUUUUCUAUUCUUUACUGUAUAUGAAUGUGUAAAAUUAUAACGCUGGAAAUUAUAAAAGUGAAGUCAAAUAAACUAAACCCCAACUCAAAA